CGCGGCGCGCGACCCGGAAGCGCUCCGCUGUGUGGCCGGUGUGCGGGUAGCGGUGCGGCCUGCACGCCGUGAGCCCCGCGGCCGCCAUGUCCCGCGGCUCCAGCGCCGGCUUCGACCGCCACAUCACCAUCUUCUCGCCCGAGGGCCGCCUCUACCAAGUGGAAUAUGCUUUUAAGGCGAUCAACCAGGGAGGGCUGACGUCAGUAGCUGUUCGUGGGAAGGAUUCUGCAGUAAUUGUAACACAGAAGAAAGUACCUGACAAGUUACUGGAUUCCAACACCGUGACUCAUUUAUUCAGAAUUACUGAAAAUAUUGGCUGUGUGAUGACAGGAAUGACAGCUGACAGCCGGUCCCAGGUGCAGCGAGCCCGCUACGAGGCCGCCAACUGGAAGUACAAGUACGGCUACGACAUCCCCGUGGACAUGCUGUGCAAGAGGAUUGCAGACAUUUCUCAGGUCUACACACAAAAUGCGGAAAUGAGGCCACUUGGUUGUUGUAUGAUUUUGAUCGGUAUCGAUGAAGAGCACGGCCCGCAGGUGUACAAGUGCGACCCGGCAGGCUACUACUGUGGCUUCAAGGCCACGGCCGCAGGAGUUAAACAGACCGAGUCGACCAGUUUUCUUGAGAAGAAAGUAAAGAAGAAAUUUGACUGGACCUACGAGCAGACGGUCGAGACAGCAAUAACCUGCCUGUCUACUGUACUAUCCAUUGAUUUCAAGCCCUCAGAAAUAGAAGUUGGUGUAGUUACUGUGGAAAAUCCUAAAUUCAGGAUCCUUACAGAAGCAGAGAUUGAUGUGCACCUUGUAGCUCUGGCAGAGAGAGACUAAUUAGCCUUCCCAUUCCCAUUGUCUGGGUGCUUCUGGCCAGGGUAUUUGGUGAAAAGAAAACACUUGUUAAUGGCUCUAGAUUAUGGGUUGAACACAGUAUAUUCACUCUAUGAUGUAUUUUACUCUGU